UCCAUCAUAAUAUAAAUAGUAUGAACUACUUACCUGAGGUACAUCAGUGAAGGUUUUAAUACAUAGAGUUCAGUGGAGCACUUAUUCAUCAUCAUCCAAAAUGCCAGAAACCAACACAGAUUCUGCAACAAAGAAAUUGGUAGUUGUUACAGGAGCCAAUAAGGGGAUUGGAUUGGAGAUAUGUCGCCAGUUAGCCACUAUUGGCUUUAUAGUGGUGCUGACAGCUAGAGAUGAGAAGAGGGGUGUUGAAGCUGUGGAGAAGCUCAAAGGGUCUGGACUCUCUCAUGUGAUCUUUCAUCAGCUUAAUGUGAAGGACCCUGCUAGUAUUGCUUCCCUGGCUGAUUUCAUCAAAACCCAGUUUGGAAAGCUUGAUAUCUUGGUGAACAAUGCAGGAAUUUCUGGAAUUGAAAUAGAUGAUGAAGCUAAAAGAGUCUGGAUGACAAUAGAUGGUCCUCUCGAAGUUAGGCUACCCAAAUACAGCGAACUAGUAAGACAGAACCAUGAAAUGGCUGAAGAAUGUGUGCAAACAAACUACUACGGCGCCAAAAGAGUGACCGAAGCACUUCUUCCCUUCCUCCAGCUAUCUGAUUCACCAAGAAUUGUUAAUGUUUCAUCAUCUGGAGGGAAGUUACAGAAUGUCACCGACACGUGGGCCAAAGAAGUGCUAAGCAAUGAGGAUGGCCUCACAGAAGAAAGAGUGGACGAAGUGUUGAACAAGUUUCUAAAGGAUUUCAAGGAAACCCAUGGCUGGCCUGCAUAUACAAUGUCCAAAGCAGCUAUGAAUGCCUACACAAGAAUUCUGGCUAGGAAGUUACCCAAAUUUCGCAUAAAUUGUGUCUGCCCUGGUUAUGUCAAAACUGACAUUAACUACAACACUGGGGUCUGUACUGUUGAAGAAGGUGCAGCAGGUCCUGUGAAGUUGGCUUUGUUGCCUGAUGAUGGCCCUUCUGGCCUUUUCUUUUUUCAGAAGGAAGUAUCGAACUUUUAAUCAUGCAUGGCCAUGGUUCAUCUUCAAGAGAGAGAAAGGAGAUGGAAUUACCUUCUUGUUUCUCUUUGUUUCUUCUAUGUAUUGAGCACCUUUCUUUUAAUAAAGAAAUAAAGUAAGCUGCAAUUGGUAAUAGAACAA